AUGGUUCCUUCCCACUGUCAAGAAGGCGGAACUUCUCGAAUCGAUGCCGUUCAAAAAAGAAUCCUCCCCGAUAGCGAGGAUGGAUGGAUCCCGCGCAAGAGGGCCGAAGAACGCAUCGUUUCCCUCACCCGGUAUCCGGACACGACGCCCGCUCAGGACGCGAUGAUGAUAUUCUGCGUGCCGGUGAUGCGACGGAAGAAGACGAAGAUGCUGCUGCGGGAAGAACACCGCACGGAUAUCGACAAGAUAUCAAGACCGGGCGUCGUGCCGGCGCCGGUGGGGAUACAUGGGGUGUAUGGGCGGAUAGGCAUUUUCGACACCAUACCGGAUCGAUCAGGGCCAGGGUGUGGGGAGGAAUAUUGGUAUAGGGAGGAGAAUGAGGGGCUAUUUACUGAGAAGCCGAUCGCGCAUGUAGCUGCGAUUUCGUCGAAUCAGAGCGUUUUGCGAACCGGGAAGCAAAAUGUUUCCGAGCGUACAUGUCAACGAACGACUAUCUUGGAUUCGCUAAAACAUAGAGUGCAUCUUCCACGAAAAUCCAACGAAGCACAUCCAAACACACUACUCAUUCCCCUCAAUCCAGAAACCUACCCCAUAAACCGUCCCAUCAACGAUUCCAGCCCACAUCCUUAA